UAAGCAAGUCAUCUUUCAGGGCUGCGGAAAUCCCCGGGUGGGCUUGCCAGGCCACUGAUUAAGGGGAAGUGCGUGUGGUUAUUACCGCUGGAAUUCCCCUCGGUCUUAAAAGGAAAGCACCGUGCUCAUGCAAAGCGCAGGGUGCCUGGGACUGGAGGGUGGGGACGCGUUUAAAGGCAGCGUGAGACCGUGAGACCGCGGGGCGGCAGGUGGCACUGGCGAGGACUCGGCUUGGCGGUGCUGGCACGGUCGGCCUAGGCGACGGGGCUGCAGUGAGUGUUUACAAAGGAAGCAAAUUCUUCUACUUCUAGAUCCCCCCAGUUUCUUCUAUAAACCAAAACAUCUCAACAUGGAGGCUUAAUUCCCUUCAAAGGGACUUAGUCUAAUCUGGGGAGGUAGUUUUGUGCAUGAGAAGAAAUUAAAUAAUUUACUGGAGAUUUUGUUAUAAAACACAAACAAUGUUAGUUUUUCAUGUUGAUGAAUUAUAUGAAUUAGAUUGUGAGAGUGAAGAAGAGAGGUGCAUGCUGCGGGGGCUCAUUCUUGAAACACUGUUCUCCGGGUUGGCAAGGCAGCCUUCCAUUGACUGCUGCAUAGACUAGUAAAGCAACACCCGCAUUUGUGAGGAUUUAAAAAUGAUUGACAAUUAUCUAGAACAAAGAGUCAGUAAUCAAACCUUGGAAAAGUUAGAAAAGUGUGCAAAUGGAACCUCAAUCUGUUAGACAGCUGCUGCCCCAAACUGGCAGUAACAGAACUCUGCGAUAGACACAGCCAAGUUCAGGGAAAUGGAAAAGAUAAACAUGAUGGCCAGUGGAGAUACUAUCUAAUUACAACUGCAAUGAUAUUUUAUAAUGUCCAAAAUUUGCUUUGGUCCAAUGAACUGUUACAUCUGAGAAUGGUGGUAGAUAGGUUACCUUCUGAGAAAUGAACACACUUGUUCACAGAGAAAAGCUGCACAACAGUGAUGAAAGCAAAUAAAGGUUUUUCUGGCCGUGGGUGAAAGAAUCAUUGAGGUUAGACACAAUGAUUUACCUUUGGGGGAAGUAAUCCCUGGGAGAGAGAUAAGACAGUUCUCCAGCUGGGCACAAAGCCCUGAAAUCAACAAUUAGAAAACCCCAACAUCUGUGAGACCCAGGAAACCGUGCUUGCAAAUCACUGGUAAAGAAAACCACAAUGGCUUGUCAUUGGCCAUUGACAGUAUUAUUAUCACAGAACCUGUUUUAUUGAUGGCCAAUAAUUCAUCGUUGAGGAAUUCUUAAUUGUGACAAGGUCUUUGCUGUUCAAAUGGUAAAUUUAUUAUUGUCUUUUUUUUUUUUAUUGUCUUGGUAAAUUCUGGUUUGAGGUAUGUUAUUGGUGAAGUAAGUUCUGAUUCAAAUUAAAGGUUCCCCAAACAAGACACCUGAAAAGAUUUGUUAUUUUAUAACCAUACGGAAAUUAUCUUAAGAAAGAUUUUUUAAACCAAGGAAAUAAAAUAUGUAUAUCAUGACUCUUUUUGCAGAAAUAUCCUGAAUAUAAUUAUGAAGUACAAUUUCAUUAUUGGUAGUUUACGACACAAUGUGUGUUUGCAGCACCUGGGUGUGUUCAGUGUCUAGCCAAGUAUGUAUGCCAUUAGGAUGAAAAGUGGUCAUUUUAUCUUCAGGUUGUUGAGUGCUACUGGAGCAGGAAUUGACCUGCUCAUGCAGAUGCCUGGAACUAAAUGAUGUUCUGAUGGCCUAAAGCAGUUUAGCUUCCAUGAAGCUUAUUUUAAUUUUCAUCGCAGGUUACUCUGUCAGAUCAUGUAUGCACUUGUGUGUAUGAAGAAAGUAACAUGGGGUGAUCUCCACUGUCAGCUAAACAUCUAUCAGUAUAGGAUGCAGAACCUCACAGACAUGAAUUAUAAAUUCACAGUAGAAAAAAGAAACAAGUUUCUUAUUAUCAAUGUUUAACUAAUACGAAAACUAAGGAAAUCAAAAGCAAUGCACAAAACUACCUCCCCGGAGAAAGACUAGUCCCUGUUCCUUCCCUCGCACCUCAUCAUGGACAUAGUAGAAAGUAGCGUCUUUUUAGCGAAUUUGAUGAAAAGCGCCAACUCUUUUGAACUGAAGUACGACCUUUCGUGUGAACUCUACCGAAUGUCCACAUACUCUACCUUCCCCGCCGGGGUCCCCGUCUCCGAGCGGAGUCUUGCCCGUGCUGGUUUCUAUUACACUGGCGUGAAUGACAAGGUCAAGUGCUUCCGUUGUGGCCUGAUGCUAGAUAACUGGAAACAAGGAGACAAGCCCAUUGAAAAGCACAGAAAGUUGUAUCCCAGCUGCAGCUUUGUUCAAAGUCUAAUCUCAGGCAACAGUUUGGAAACAAAUUCUCGGUCUACUUUUCCUUCUUCAGUAACAAAUUCUACACAUUCGUUCUUCCCAAGUUUGGAAAACAGUGGCUAUUUUAGUGGUUCAUAUUCCAGCUUUCCAUCAAGUCCUGUAAACUACAGAGCAAAUCAAGAGCUUUCUACCUGCAGGGGGAGUCCUUACCACUCUGCGAUGAGCACCGAGAAAGCCAGAUUACUUACUUAUCAGAUGUGGCCGUUGACCUUCCUGUCACCAGUGGAUCUGGCCAAAGCAGGCUUUUACUACAUAGGGCCUGGGGACAGAGUGGCCUGCUUUGCCUGUGGUGGAAAAUUGAGCAACUGGGAGCCGAAGGACGAUGCUAUGGCAGAACACCUGAGACAUUUCCCCAACUGUCCAUUUUUAGAAAACCAGCUUCAAGAUGCUUCGAGAUACACCGUUUCUAAUCUGAGCAUGCAGACACAUGCUGCCCGCUUCAAAACAUUCUUUAACUGGCCCUCAAGUCUUCUAGUUCACCCUGAGCAGCUUGCGAGUGCAGGAUUUUAUUAUGUGGGUCACAGUGACGAUGUCAAAUGCUUUUGCUGCGAUGGUGGACUGCGGUGUUGGGAGCAGGGAGAUGACCCGUGGGUGGAGCAUGCCAAGUGGUUUCCAAGGUGUGAAUACUUGAUAAGAAUUAAAGGGCAGGAAUUCAUCAGUCAAGUUCAGGCCAGUUACCCUCAUCUACUUGAACAGCUGUUAUCCACAUCAGAUACUCCAGAAGAUGAAAUUGCAGAGCCACCAAUUGUUCAUUUUGGACCUGGAGAAAACCAUCCAGAAGAUGCAGUCAUGAUGAAUACGCCUGUGGUUAAAGCUGCUUUGGACAUGGGCUUUAGCAGAAGGCUGGUGAAACAGACAGUGCAGAGCAAAAUCCUGGCAACUGGAGAGAACUACAAAACCAUCAGUGAUCUGGUGUUGGAUUUGCUGAACGCAGAAGAUGAAAUAAGGGAAGAGGAGAAGGAAAGAGCAACUGAGGAAAAAGAAUCAGGUGACCUAGUGUUAAUCCGGAAGAAUCGAAUGGCACUUUCCCAACACUUGAGCUGCGUGAUUCCAAUUGUAAACCGUCUUCUAACUUCUGGAGUGAUUAAUGAGCAAGAGCAUGUUAUUAUUAAACAGAAAACACAGACAUCUUUUCAAGCCAGAGAAUUGAUUGAUACAAUUCUAGUAAAAGGAAAUACGGCAGCCACCAUAUUUAAAGAAUCUUUACAAGAAACUGAUCCUAUAUUAUACCAGCGUUUAUUUGUGCAAAAGGACAUCAAGUAUAUUCUUACAGAAAAUGUCUCAGAUUUACCAAUGGAAGAACAAUUGCGGCGAUUACAAGAAGAAAGAACAUGUAAAGUGUGUAUGGACAAAGAGGUGUCUGUCGUGUUUAUUCCUUGUGGUCACCUAGUUGUAUGCAAAGAUUGUGCCCCUUCUCUAAGAAAAUGUCCUAUUUGUAGAGGUACAAUCAAGGGUACAGUUCGUACAUUUCUUUCAUAAAGAAGACUGAAAACUGUCUAAAGUUUAGAAUUAAUGCAUUAAAGGUAUCAUAAUUAACUUCUAUAUUCUAUUUGUUACUGAUUUUGCUGCAAAUGUUUUAUUUGCAACUCAGAAAAAUGUUUAUAGAAGUAUAUUUACAUAAACCAAUAUAUAUGUGGAA